CGCACAGGCUCGAAAACCAGGGCCAGACUGACUUGGCAGCUCCCCUGGGGAAAGGGAUAUCCCUUCCCUUGAGCCUAUUUUUCUGACGGACUGGAGGAGCUAGUCGUCGUGAGAAAUGCCCAGCUCUGUGUCUGGGGUUGAGGGGUGACCCCGGAUUUUCUGGGGUUGUUUACAUAUAAGAUGGCGGGCUUGGUCUGGGGGUGGGGACUUUCCAUUCCCCCCUGCGAGAAUCUUAGGCUGACGAUACGCUGAUUUUUCGACGCAAUGGACGAUAAAAAAGUUGUUCUGGAGAGCGCCAGUAGCGAGGAAUUGGAGCAGGGAGCGGUCGUCCAGUCGGCUGGGUAUGAUCAGAAGGCGACGAAGCAGUUGAUUCGGAAGAUCGACUGGGUGUUGAUUCCGUGGCUCGCGUUUCUCUAUCUCCUCAGUUUUCUCGAUCGGACGAAUAUUGGAAAUGCGCGUCUGGCCGGGCUGGAGGAGGAUUUGGGCAUGUCGGGCCUCGACUACAAUGUGGCCCUCGCCAUCUUCUUCCCCUUCUACGUCGCCGCCGAAAUCCCCUCCAACCUGAUGAUGAAGAAGUCUCGACCGGCCAUCUGGAUCCCCAUCAUCAUGCUGGCCUGGGGUGUCGUCUGCUCGUUGAUGGGUCUGGUCAACAACUACGGGGGUCUGUUGGCCGCUCGAGCAGCUCUGGGUAUCGCCGAGGGUGGACUCUUUCCUGGUGUGACAUUCUACAUCACCAUGUGGUAUAAACGCCACGAGUGCGGCCUCCGCAUGGCCAUCUUCUUCUCCGCCGCCACGGCAGCCGGUGCCUUCGGUGGCCUCCUGGCGCGAGGCAUCGUCGAAAUGGACGGCCUUGGAGGCAAAGCCGGGUGGGCGUGGAUCUUCAUCAUCGAAGGACUAGUCACCUUCGCUGUCGCAAUCGCCGCCUUCUUCAUCAUGAACGACUACCCCGACACGGCCAAAUUCUUAACCCAGGAAGAGCGCACGGAAGUGCAGCGCCGCCUGACGGAAGACACCAGCUCGCUGGCCACCGAGUUCAGCAUGAAAUACUUCUGGGACGCCGUCAAGGACUGGAAGAUCUGGGUGCACAUGUUCAUCACCAUCGGCAUCUACACGCCGCUGUACUCGUUCUCGCUCUUCCUGCCCACCAUCGUCAAGACCCUGGGCUACUCCAACACCACCGCCCAGCUGAUGACCGUGCCGCCGUACGUCGUCGCCUGCGUGUUCUGCAUCGGCGGCGGCUUCAUGGCCGAUCGCCAGGGCCAGAGGGGGAUUUAUAUGAUUUUCUUUAAUGUUGUUGCAAUAAUCGGCUUCGUCAUGCUCCUCGCCUCCGACAACAACGCCGUCAAAUACGCGGGCACAUUCUUCGCCGCGACAGGCAUCUACCCGAACGUGCCGCAGGGCGUGGCCUGGAACGGCAACAACAUCGGGGGCUCUGUGAAGCGCGGCGUCGGUAUCGCGAUGCACGUCGGGUUCGGCAACCUCGGCGGCGUCGUGUCCAGCUUCAUCUACCAGAGCAAGGACUCGCCGCAUUUCUACCCGGGGCACGGCACGCUGAUCGGGACGCUGUCGAUGAGCACGGUGCUGUGUAUCUUUAUGACGUCCGCCGUGUGCAACACAGAUUAG